UGAGUGAUUAUUUUAGAGUUUUUUUUCAUUUUCUCUUGUGGCUGACAAUUUAGAAAAGCCAUUAAUGACCAAUGGUUGGAGCAUUUGCCGUUAAGUGUCUUGCCAAAUGACGCAUACGCCCACAGUAGUAGCAGCGACGAGCCUUGAAACCAUUACCUCUCGGUUACAGGCGAGCGCGAAAACCACUUUGCCACAGGUCCGGAAAUUCAUCAUUAAAAUUAUUCUUACGGAAUUGCUCCAACCCAGUGGUUACUAAUGGGUUGUCCAAAUUAUUAGCCAUACAUAAAAAUGAAAAAAACACAGGAAUACAGUAUGCGAACGGUUGCAACAUGCUCUAUUUAUCCGGUGGUGCUGGUUAUAAUUCACCAUACUACACUUCACCGAAUCUCCCAAGCAACACCUCUCACAACUUAGAUUGUUACUACAAGAUAAAUGCACGAAGUCGUCUCAACUUCAUUAGAGUUUCAUUCGACUCGUUUCACUUGGAACAAAAUAGUCGUUGCGGGUACGACCAUAUUGCAAUCUACGAAGGUUCAACCACGUCCUCACGUCUCAUUGGGAAGUAUUGUGGAAUAAAACCUCCUUUUACCGUCAUGGGUCGGGGACAAUACAUGUACAUGCAUUACCAUACGGACUCAACUGUGGCGUCUACUGGAUUUCGAUUCCGAUUUAGAAUCGCUGUAUCAAGAACACAGUCAUGCGAACAACCUUCAUUACGCGGUCCUUUCGGACACAUAUCUUCCCCAAACUUUCCAUAUAGAUACCCGGCUUAUGCUGACUGCAGAUACACAUUAACCUCAUCCGGUAGAACUCGUCGUAUCUAUUUAUGGUUCCAAACAUUUGACUUGGGAAGUAACUGCAACGAUUAUCUGGACAUUCGAACUGGCCUUUUGGGAAAUUGGUCACCAACUUCUAAGAGAUAUUGUGGUUCAACCCGUCCCAGAACUUUGCAGGUUAUAACAGACCAACACCUUUUUAUUCACUUCGUUUCGGCUGGAAGAGGAACUGGAUUUCUCAUGUAUUACAGUGGUUCAGGACAAACUUGCGACCAGUUUAAUAUCAGAGGAGCACCUGGCAGCAAUGGUCUGAUACAAUCACCAAACUUUCCCGACGAAUAUCCACAAAACAUCGAUUGCCAUUACAGAAUUGGAAGUCUGUCUUACAGAAACCACAUUACUGUUACAUUCCUUGCACUAAAUAUAGAAUACCAUGAUAGUUGCAGAUACGACUACCUUGAUCUGUACAAUGGAAACGUAGCUAGUUUACCUACCAUAAGAAAGUUCUGCGGCACCACCAUCCCACAACCAAUAAAUUACACCACUGCUUACAUGUCGUUAAGAUUUAAAACGGAUAGUAGCGUUGCUCGAUCCGGUUUUAGCAUAAGAUACAACAUCACAGGACUCUACUACCCGACACAUGGAUGGAUACGUUCACCAGGUUAUUACAAAUAUCCCAACAAUGCUGAAAACAACUUUGUCAUUCAACCACCUGGUGCAACUGCAAUAAAUCUGGUCUUCUCUUAUUUCAAUUUGGAGGGCAGUGAACCGAGCUGUCGACAUGACAGUUUAGUUAUCAGACGAGGAAACGAAACCGGCAUUAUGUUGAAUAAAUUUUGUGGAUAUAAAUUGAGAUUUUCAAGAAGAUACUUCGUGACGAAAAUAACUCUGAUGUUCAAAACUGAUCAUUCCGUUGUCCGGGGAGGAUUCAGCUGCUUUUACAGCAGAAUUCUCUCAAGCUAAAUUAUUUCAAAAUAUUGUUUAUUGGAGACUGUUUAUCUAGUGGGGCGGGGGCAACCGGGACACCUUUAUCACAUAAUUUCCAAAUAUCCUGAUAGUGUUUUAAACAAAU